AUGGCGGCUGAAAAUGGUCAACUUGAGGAAGUGAGGUACAUUCAUUGUUUAUUAUGCAAUGACAAUAAGCCAUUCAAAGGUUUUUUGUCACACAUUCGAGAAAAGCAUGUUAAUUAUUAUCGCUAUAAAUGUACGAAGUGCGCUUUCAAAUCUGAUAAUGAAGAAGACAGUGCCUUACACUCUUUUGAAAAAAAUCAUCAUGUGAAGUUCGAUAACGCCAACUACCACGAACAUUUGGCAGUUAAGAUCUUCCAGGACUGUUGCCGUGAACAAUUUGUUAUUCGACAUGAGAUGGAAAAGCAUGAAAAUUUUAUCUCGGAACCGACAAAGAGAAGAAGGAAUUGGAAUUCGUGUUCAGAUAUUCAAAAGAUUCAAAGCCCAAAAAAAUCCAAGUUGAAAACGAAUGAUACAUGUACGUCUAGUUUAUUGAAGCAUGAAGUAGAUUUGCAAGUGAUAUCGGGAAAUCAAAGGAAUUCUGGAAACACUACGAAUUCAAGAAAAUGUUUAAAUGAUGUGGAAAAACUUGAAUCUGGAAUUCCUACCACCAAAAUUCUUUCUAAAGCUGCUGCUGAUGAUAGUGAAUCCUAUAAAUUGUCAGAAUCUGAUAACCAAACACUUUGUGCUUUGGGGCUAUUCUCUGACGCUUUGGAAAAUACUGAAACUACCAGUUCUGAUAAGUUUCUAAACUCCAAUGCUGUUAACAAUGUUGUUUCGAUUGAUGGAGAAGUCAGUAAAUCUAACAGGAAUACUUUUGACCCUAAAAGACGAACAGUAGAGAAUAGUUCUGUUCCACUGGUUACAACAUUGAAACUAAAUACUACAUGUCGUAAAUGCGGAAAGGAUGUAGGUGUCGAUUACAUUGCUAAGAAAACGCAUGCUUUGCAAUUUCACUUUACUCAAGAUGACGAUCCAGAAAUCGCCGAAUUGUUACCAGCUACUGUAAAAGCCUGCUUUCCAUACUCUUUAUCUUGGAGUGAUUAUCAGUGCACGGAAUGUGGAAAGGCGUUAGGGACACAUGGUAGUCGAAGAAAUCAUGUUUUAAAAGAACAUUUUUAUUGGUCUGCUAUCUGUCCACUUUCUGGUUGUACGACCGUUAUCAAUGCUGUUGGUAAUUUGGAAGAACAUUUUAAGUUAGAGCAUAAUAUUUCAAUGUCGAAAAUGCCAAAAGGAUUAAGACAAAAGCUCAUAAAGAUGGAAAAUGACCGAAAAAAUGAUUUACAUCGACAGUUGAGUCACUGUUUUCCCUGCUCGUUGCCUCCAAAGAGACAAAUUACAUCCAAAGAAUCAGCAUGUGAUAGCAAGCAUUUACCAAAACCAAGCAUUACAUCCGUCCUUUCUUCUCUUCUACAUUCUGAGCCCAUUAAUUAUGCAAAGAAAAAAAAUUUCACUUACUCGUCGUCAGAUACCGAAUCAAGUUCUGGAGACGAUGAAGAUGGUUCAGGAAUAAAAGACGAAGAGUAUUAUGUAGUGAAUGAAAAAGAAUGUUCAAAAAAUGUGAGUGAUUUGGAUUCGAAUAUUACUUGCGAUAAUUUUUGUGAUCACGAGAAGCGUGGUGAUGUAGGAGACAAAGAACAGCCCUGCUCGACAGCAUGUCAUUCGCGGUGUUUCGAAAGCAGUGAAUAG